UGAAGCGCCGAGGGAACGCUCGGCUCGUGCAGCGCUCCCGUUGCUAGGAGGCGCUGUUGGGAGCCUCGGCCGGCAGGAGACGAUGAUGACCGUGAUGCUGGUCAAAGUAACCGUGGCCAGGAGGAGAGACGCUAAACCAUGCCGCUAAACGCCCCCCUCUCUGAGCAUCUCAGCGAGAUUAUCCUGCGUCUAACCCUCUGCGUCGGGUCAAAGGGAAAGAGGACAACGCGCUGUUUUCCCGUCUGAAGUGCAGCCGGGUGACAAGGCUACAUGCUGUGUGUUUCCUGCCCAGAGUGUGGGUGUGUCGUCGUCCAGGGAUGGAGAGCUACGAGGAGUUCUGUUUGCGGAGUUUGGCCAUGCUGCAGGAGGGGAAACUCAAGAAGAAGACGCUUUGUUCCCUGAAAGCUCGCUCUGUCAUCCGCUUUCAUGGCAGAUCUAUACUUUUGCCUCUGCUGAGUGCAGAGCAGCAUGCCGAGAUGUACGGCUACCGGCAGAGGGCGAUCCAGCUGGAGCAGAACAGAGAGAACCUGCAGAGAAACAAGCUUUUGGCCAGAGUUCAAAACAUACUGGAUCAAGCUCAGGUGCCAGAAGCUCCAUGUGAGAAAAAUACGGAGCUGAUAGUUUGUAAAUCUGCGACUGUCAGCGGCUACACUUUGGUCACCGACUCACCAGGGCUUCCCAAAACUGCUGGAUUUAGGUCAGAGGUUGUAGAGCCAGCCUCUAAACCAAACUCUGAGACUCGCAUAAUCAAUGGUUAUAAAGAAGAGGAGGCUUUAAAGGUGGAGAAUCAAGAGAAGAGUGAAGAGGAGGAGGAGGAGGAGGAGGACGACGAUGAGGACAUAAGCUUGGACAGCCUUCUUAAGAGAUCAAGGGAGUAUGUGCGGCGGGAGCAGAAUCAGCAGAGAUCAGCAGAAGUGGUUGACCCAAUCAGCAAGACUUCCCCAGCAGAGACUGUUUCUCACAGACAGCAGCUGAGGUGUAGCCCCAUCAGCAACACAGGAGUUACAUUUGGAUUCAGUCUGCAUCAUAGCCCAGACGGCCCAUCAACAAUUCAGCAGCAGCCUCUUUAUGACGCCUGUCCCCAAAACUCCUCCCCCCUCUCACCCCUUAAACCAGAGCAAAAUGCCCGUCUCCCUAGUCCGGAAUCCUGCAUCAGCCUCCGUUCUUGUAGGCGUAAACCACGGCCAGUUUCCACUGGGAACAUCCACAUCUCGUUUCCCAUCGGCCCCGCAGAUCUUAUCCCUCGAAGUCCGGUGAGGUUAGAGGGCGGGGCUGGUCAGGUGGACUGGUCAGAGGCUGGUUCCCUCUGCAGUCGGGGCUUAGAGGGGAGGGACGGCAUGCGUCGGUCCAGUCACUGCAGUACCACUCCAGUACAGGAGAACAAAAAAAGCCCUGUGAGUGCCUCUUUACCCAGCUCCAUGACCCACCACGAUCAGCUGCCUUUAGGGUUUCGCCGGCGCUGCCACACACUGGACAGCCAGCUAAAUACCUACCAGUCUGGAGCUGAGCAUGUUGACCGAAGCCAGGAAAGGGUUCCUCGCUUUAUGGCGGGCGUUACGUGUCUAGCUCCAAGUAGACGCACCCCUGCAGCCCCUUUAAAUCAAUUGUUCAAGGUAGAAAGCCCUUCUCCAUGUGUGCUGAGGCAUCAUGGGAGUUCCGAUGGGUUCCAGGGGCCAAACAAUAACCAGAAAACACCAGCUGCUCUGAAAAAUGCAGCGGAAAUCAAAUCAGAGGAGACCCAGUGGCUUGCACACGCUCUGGAGGACAUGCAGAGGCGUUUAGAGGAGGAACAUGCCCUGCAGAUGUCCAUGCUGCUGGCUGAGCAGGAAAAGGAGCAACAACGCCUCCAUCUGGAUCUUGAGGAGACAGAGAGAAGACUGAAGGAGCAGGAAUGUGUGAGGCUGACAAGUGGGGACACGUUUGAUUGGAGCUACAGGUCUGUGAGUGGCAGCUGCCCCAUUAUGAGCCCCUCCUGUCCAGGACUGAGCCCCAUUCACACACCAUCAGAGAGAUCAUCUGGACGCACUUCAGGUUUUCCCAGUCCGGUUACUUCUAGUGUGAUGUGUCACCCCGUCCAGCCUGCUGUUUAUCUGCGAGGAUCUUUAUGGACAGCAAACAAAUCCAGAGCGAGGCUAAGUUUGGUUCUAACAGCAGAGCAUCAGAAAGCGUUUUGUCGGAUCGGCGCCAUGAUUCGUGGCUUCCUCAUUCGCAGACUUCUCAAAACAGAGAAGGUGAAACAUCUGCGCCAAACCAUUCUGGAUACGCAAGAAUUCAUUCGAUCCUUUGAGACUGAAGCUGGACAGAAGAGAGGGACCUACACAGCACAAGAUCUCUCCCUGCAGGAGCGAGUCAGAGCCCAGUUACGUGCCGCCCUUUAUGACGUCCAUGAGAUCUUCUUUGAAAUGCCUUUGAGGGACCGAUUGGCGCUUCUGCAGCAGGACAGGGAGCUCCGCGCAGAGAGGAAGCUUCGAGAACUGGAGAAAGCCAAAUCCCCCAAAGACAGAAUAUCUCUGUCUGCUGCCACACAGAGGUCAAUGGACAGGAAGAAGAAGGCCGGCGAAUCCCCAGCACCGGUCAGAAAGGCGCAGCACAAGCCAAAAAGCCCCAUCACCAACAGAGUUCUGAAGCAAAGUCAGAACCAGACCUCCUCUUCUCUAGGCCAGCUGAAGCGCCAAGGGAGCUGGUACAGAAAGACUCCAGAAGAGAGAGUUAGGCGCUGGGACACCAUGAAGAAGCAGAACUCUUUGGGUUAACGGACACAUUAAUGCCUGAUCUGUAAACUUGAAUUUUUAUUCUUUUAAUACAAAUCUUGUACAAGUAAAAACCAUCAAUGUCAGCGCUGCUAAUUUUCACUACAGUCUGUGUGUUCCCCAUCACACCGUAGCUUACUGGUAAAGUAUUGUAUACGAUUUUUUAUUGUUGUUCCCUGCUGAAACUGUUCUUUUUUUUAUAUAAACACCUGAUUGUGUAACACGAAUGUAAUGCAUGUGGAGUAGUUUAAUAAGUGGGCUGGUGUAUAAUUGUGAAAGAGAGGCAGCUGCUCGCUGGCUGAAUGUAAGUCCGAGCCAAGAGACAACAAGUUAGUGCCUGAGAACUCCACCUUGCUGCCAGCAUGUCUGUUCUCUGUGUAUCUGCUGUGACUGCAAACACUAAGUGCUUGUGGGGGUAAGAAUAAAAUAUAAAAAUGAGUCUUGAUAAUGUACUUUUCUUAGUAUUAUAGUACACAGUUCAUUGCAAAUAUA